AGCCCGCAGUCAGAGGCUCGCUUUCCUUCCGAGCUCGCGGGAAGCGGUUCGCCUCGAGCCUGGCUCCGACGCGGUGAGCUGAAGUUGGGUGCCCGCAGGGAGGCGCGCCUAGCUGGCGCCAUGAUCGUGUAUGACCCUGGCUCCUACGGAGUCGGCUUCGCCUGCCGGCUUCGGGGCUCGGUUUUCCCCAGGGCCUUUGCUCCGGCCAGCCUGUGCACUGGCCUGGCAGUUCUUCUGCACUGGUCCUUUCGCUACUCGCCCACCACCUUGGACGAGAUCGGCGCGGGGGAUGCGGAAGCAAACGUCCUUGGGGGCUUCACCUUCAUCCUGGGCUUCCUGGUCGUCUUCAGGUCGCAGCAGGCGUACUCGCGGUGGUGGGAGGGCGGCACUUUGCUCCAGCAGCUUCGGGGCGAGUGGUUCAACUCCUACAGUUGCCUCAUCGCCUUCUGCAACGCUGCCCCGGAGAAACGGGAGGAGAGUGGUGCACUUCCAGCACCAGCUCGUAAGGCUCUACAGCCUCCUCUAUGGAUGUGCCCUUCAGCAGGUUGCCACCAUGGACGACAAGAACUUCGAGCUUUUCAUCCUCGAGGGAUUUGAGGAGGGCAGCCUGGCCUUCUUGCAGGGCUCCCACGAUCGCUGCGAGAUCACCCUGCAGUGGAUUCAGCGUCUCAUCGUGGAGAGCGACUCCAAGCAGAUCCUGAAGAUCGCGCCGCCCAUCCUGUCCCGGGUCUUCAACGAGCUGGGCAAUGGCAUCGUGAACCUGAACAACGCUCGGAAGAUUACGGACUUCCCCAUCCCCUUCCACCUGGCGCAGAUGAUCACGGUGAUGCUCAUAGUCCACUCCGUGAUGACCCCGGUGAUCUGCGCCGCGACGGUGGAGCACCUCUCCUGGGCCGCCAUCAUCUCCUUCGUGGUUUCCUUCUGCUACUGGGCUGUGCAUUUCAUCACGAUUGAGCUGGAGAUGCCUUUUGGUGACGAUUGGAAUGACUUGCCCUUGCAGGACAUGGCUACGGACUUCAAUAUGAGCUUGGCCAACUUGAUCGACCGCAGGGCGCAGGAGGUACCAAAGUUUUACUUCGAGCUGCAGAAGCACGCGGCGCUGGGGAAGAAGAUCAUCGACUUCGACCGGAGCUUAUCCCCGUCCACCGCGCCGGCGAAGGCCAGGGGCACACGGUUCCAGGAGAAGAAGCCCCGCGCGUCAGCAGAGAAAGGAGGUAGGAAAGUUCCCGAUCUGGAAGCGGUCGACGUCUGGAGAUCGGAGGACGACUCCAUCCAGUCCGGCGCGCCUGUCGCGCCGCCUGGCGCGCCACCUGGCGCGCCGCCUCCCGCUCCCCCUGCGCCCCCCGCGCCUGUCGCGCUUCCGACCAAGGAUAGCCUGCCAGAGGUCAAGGCCAAGGCCAAGGCCGAGGGAUCGAAGGCCAAGGAGGCGAAAGAAGAGAAGGCCCUGCUGUUGCCGGAGCUGGACUUGAAGGACGACCCGGACCUCGACUUGUUGGAGAAAUACCUCCAGUCCGCAGACUUCCAGAAGCGGCUGGAGGGCUAUCUCGCCAUCGCCGUGCGUCAGCUGGAGCGUAUUGCAGGCAAGCCGGAGAAACCUCCGGAUCCCGUUCUGCAAGAUCGUGAAAUGGACGGGCCCACGUGCGUGUGGAUCCCGCAAUGUUUGCCAGAUGAGGCCUAGUGGAAGCGUUUUUUUUGGGGGCUGCCCAAGGCAUACCCUGAGCCAAUGUAAGGGUUUCACCUUGAAAAACAUACAUUCCAUAUUAUAGUCCCAAA